UCAAUAUUUUCUCACUCGACCGCGUGUCAUGAACCUUUACAAAAUAAUAAUAAUUAAUUGUUGUUCAAACAAACUAUUAGCUAUGUAAAGUCUUUUAUCACAUUAAUUAAUGCUGCUGGUUACACUAUAAUUUACAUUACUGCAUAUAUUUGGCCUGAGUCACACGUGUGCAGCCGAAUAAUUAUUUGUUGAACUCACGCCACCCACCCUCACCGCGGGUACGCUCACGGCAAAAAGUGCACGCUUUAAAUUAAAUAAAAAUUGCAAAUAAUAAUCGUCAGCACGCAAUCUUUUUGAUAUUGGCAGUACGCUGUUAGCACGGCGCAUGCGCUAGACAGUUCAGUGGCGACCAGUUUUAAAUUUAGAUUCGUGUCGCCGGAAUUUCGCUGGCCUAUUUAGACAUCGCGAACGGCAGAUUUUAAGUGAAUUCAAAGGUACAAUUGUUAUUGAUGUUCAGUUAAACUGUUCGAGUCAGUGAUUUAUCCGUGAUGGACGCCAGUGAUGUGAAGUGAAGUGAUCGGUGUCUGGUUCUGUGCAGUGCGCGCGGGGUUAUGUGGACAGACUGCUGAGCACACUACACCAAAAUGUUUGGGAGGACGAUGCUAGUGUUGUUGUUGUUGUGGACACAAGAUGCAGUAAGAAGCUUGCGUCUGGUGGAGCUUCGAGUGCCGACACAUGAGCCAGAAGGAGGGAUGGCCCUUCUCGGCUGUCAGUACGACAUGGAAGGAGACACCCUGUAUUCCGUCAAGUGGUACAAAGAUGGCCGCGAGUUCUACCGCUUCGUUCCUAAGAAUGACCCUCCUGUAUAUUACUUUCCAACUCCUGGAGUUAGUGUUGAGAUAUCGCGUUCUUCAAACACGGUGGUAGCUCUAGUGAACCUGACACAGGAGUCAGCGGGACACUACCGCUGUGAGGUCUCCGGAGAAGCGCCUAAGUUCACAACUGUCUUUAGACAGAAAUAUAUCAAUAUACAUUUACUGCCUAAAGGCCGUCCUCGCGUAACAGGCCUAAAAGAACAAUACAACUUCGAUGACAUGGUAGUGGCGAACUGCUCGCUACCUCCUUCCAGACCUAAAGCCCAUCUCAAGUGGCUCGUGAAUGAUAAGCCAGCACCCUCCUCGUAUAUCCUGGGACCCUGGUACCGAGUGUCCGCGGAACGGCCUGAUGCAGCUGAAACUAUAUUGCAGCUAAGCUUCUAUGCGACUACUUCUGAUUUUAUUAAUGGGGCCAUAAAGCUAAAAUGCCAAGCUACGAUAGCACCGCUCUACCAGAGAGAAACGGAGUCAACCCAUUACAUUGCAUUACCUUAUUCAAUUGGCACGGAUGCACCCGAGGCAAAAGAAAUCAAAGAUGACGCUACAGUGGUGGAUGACUCAUUAGCAUCUUUGCUCAUACCAAUUAUUUUCUUAAUAUUAUUGUAACACCGUGAUAUUGCAGUCAGCAUAGGAGGCCAGAAAUGUUCACAUUCAAACUUUUAUUUUAUUUGUUUGACAAAAUAUUUCACGGUUCAAAUUUCGAGUGUUUUGUAGCAAAACGUGGCGAAUACACUGUAGACCAUUUUAGAUACGGUUAAACAAUUCUUUGAAAGUUCACAAAACUUGAACAUCAGGAAACGUUCGUGUAGGUUAACUGUACAUAUACUUGUAACUAACUAGGGAACUUGGUCCUACGAAGCAAAGCGUUCGCAAUCUUGAAUAGUGUCGUUUCGGAACGUAACAAUUAUACUAGCUACCUUCGUGAACUGUGCUGUGCAGGCAAUCGUUCUGCUUACGCUUAUUACCUAAGCACUUGAAUUGCAGACAAGUUGUAUCGUUAAACCAAUUGCAAGUUAAACUAAUUUAUUGAGCAACUAAAAGUUUAUUGAUCAAAUCCUAAAGACCUUCUUAAUUAGCAAUUAACAUGCAUAUUAAGACCUAAAUUCAGUACCCAAGCCAACUUUAAACGAACAAAACAACACACAAAAAGAGUAACACAUACAUACGUAAAAAUAGCCACAUAAGCUUUUUCUCAGUUGAUGUAUGAAGUGCGGGUGUGUCCUGAGAGACAAAUUGCGGGCCCGCAGUUUUUUUAUUUCUUUUACUGUAAAGCAAAAUGUUUUCGUCCUCUUCGCAACGAAGUAUUUUUGUGCUAUCUAAUACUGGCAACUUUUAAAAUGUUUUUGAUUUCAACUUCUGCAGUCGCACUCGCAAGCAAUUAUAUUUCAGGGAAAUAUAUUGUGUGGCCUAAAUUAGUUAUGUGAUUGUCAAUUAUCUGGUUUUUACUAAGUAUAGCUGUUUAAAAGCAGUUUUUUCUUUAGGUGUGCCUACAUAAUUGAACUGUUUUUAGAAAAAUGGUAAUCAAAAGAUGUAGUAGCUUCCAUAGAAAGGAGUGCUGGUUGGUUCAAUAGACUUUCAUGAUGUUAUAUGUAUUUACAUUUUUUUGGUACAAUAUAAAGAUUUUUUGGAAGUAUCCCAGGUACAUUGCUUCCGAGUUUAUUUAUAACUUUUAAUAUUUUGAUGGUUUAACUGUGCACAUUUUUGGCCACCUUUCAAAACGAAUGUAACAAAUAAAGACGUAAGUUAUUUUUCGACGUAGAUUUUAAUAAUGUACUUAGGUACGUUUUAAGUACAUGUAUGUAUAAAAUAUUAAUACUACCUUUACUUAAGCAUAAUAAUUAUUAUAUGGCUUUAACUUGUAAUCAUGAGAAAUCAAGCUAAGCUUGACUGUGUAUAGAUUAAUAACGAUUAAGAAAUAAUUACAACGACCAAAAUGUGUAGGUAAUAUUUUCGUAUCCUGCGGGAUUAGGGUGAGAUUUGAUAUACUUAUAUCUAGAUGUAGGGCUGUGCUAAAUAUUUUCUCUAGCACUUUAAUAUACAAUAUUAUUAUGAGGCACUUUAAGCAGGCGACUUAGUGAGUAUUGCGUAUCAAGUAUCCGACAUGCGUGUAGAUCUCAUCCUUUUCUAUUGCGGCUUAGUAAACCUUGUUAUUU